AUGCUGUGGGCUUUCAAAGGCAUUGUUGGGCUAUGUCUAUGUGUGGUGCAACUGUUCACGUUUGCACAUGGCGCUUUAAAUUAUUGUUCAUCUUCGAAUACAGCAUCUUCAGGUUCAACUUAUCAUGAUUUCCAAUCUAAUGGGUGGUGUGCUGACCACUGUAGGUUCAAAUAUAAGUGGGCUAUCAUCAGUGGAUACGAUUGUUGGUGCUCCAAUAACACACCGAACAGUGCAGUGGACCUGAGCCGAUGUGAUUUACCCUGUGCAGGAAUUAAUACUGAAAGCUGUGGGAGUGCUGAGGAGGGUUUAUAUGGGUACAUAUAUCUAGGGGCUGGAACCAUACCAGAUAUACCAUUAGUUUCAUCAGCAGAUAUAUCCACCAUAUCCCAAAGCAGCAGCCAAAGCUCCGGUACAUCCGAAGGCAUGAUAAGUACAAGUGUUUCACCCGCUACCUCAUCGACUGGCAGUUCUUCACCUCUCGCGGUUCAGAGCGCCACCAGCACCAGCACCAGCACCAGCACCAGCACCAGCACCAGCACCAGCACCAGCACCACCUUCACAGAAAAAACAAGCAGCGGCCUCGAAGGCAUCAUUAAAACGAUUGAAACUACUGCAGUCAUCAUGAGUACUCAACUGACCACGGAAACCGUAUCAGCUUCACCUACUUCAUCUACUAUAUUGAACUCAUCACCUUCCCUUAGUGCUUCAACUUCAUCAAGCAUAUCAUCUUUAUCAAGUGCAUCGAGUAUAUCAAGUACAUCAAGUACAUCAAGUACAUCAAGUACAUCAAGUACAUCAAGUACAUCAAGUACAUCAAGUACAUCAAGUACAUCAAGUACAUCAAGUACAUCAAGUACAUCAAGUACAUCAAGUACAUCGACUGCAUCAUCUAUAUCUUCCUCUUCAACCUCAUCAUUUUCACCAACCGCACAGGUAUCAUCAACCGCAUCAACUCAAGAAGCCUCUUCCUCCUUGUCAGACAGUAGAAUGGCCAUCUCCAACACUCCUGCAUCCACCACUAGUUACCAGGAGAUCACCUCGGUCAUCUACUCGCUCUACACAAUCACACAAACAGCCGCUACAGGAGGUAUACAAACAAAAGUAAUGACAUCUUUGGCCACAAUCACUGCUACAUCAAUCACCUACAUUUCCACAGCGGGCUCCACCAGCACAACAACCUCCUCCAUACUCAAUAAAACUACUCGUUCCGGGUUUUGGAACUCACCAGAAAAGAUACUGGGCGUAUUCGUACCAAUCGCCCUGUUUAUACUGCUAUUAAUUUUCAUAAUCGUCUGGAUGAUGGCACGGCGCAGGAGAAAGCAGCAUGCAAACGACCAGUUUCAACAGUUCCAGAGCGACGUCUCAUCCACCCGAAGUAUGCUAGUACGCCAUGAGGGAGCCGGCUUCGUUUACGCAGAUGAGAAGGGCAUCGAAUCUUCCCCAGGUACUGGUACAAACACUGGACGCAACUCGUCCGUCGUAGCUAGCUCUACAACCGUCCUCCCAGGCUCCGCAACUGUUGGCUCGACUUCCUUACCUGCUAGCAGAGACUCUAAGGUCGACGCCGUGGUCUUCGACCAGCGCCUCGACCCUUCAAACGUCAUGUCACAAUGGGAAAAUGGUGGUAGCAGAGUCUCCUUGGCAGACGACGUCGACUACACAAGAAAGGUCCUGCGCGUCAUCAACGAAUAA